AUGAUCAAAAAGAGAAAUUCAUUGAACAUUAUGGAGUUUGCAACUAGGCCACCUUCUGGUUGCACUAAUCCUGAUGCACCAUCUCCAAAUAAAUUCAUUAGGAAACUGACUAGAUAAUCUUCGACAGUGAAUGGAUCAUCUACUAAAAUUUAGACUGUUGUUUCACCCGUUUCUAAUAAAUCUUAGGAUGUGGUCCAACAAUGUAUUGCCAUAGUUGAAUAAAUCCGACAAUAGUAUAAAGAAAGGCAGGCAAGUAGGUUUUUUCAUAUUCGUUCGUGCUCCAUGCCUUGCGAUAGGGUGUCGAUCAUAAACUCAUUGGUCGACACUAUGUUGCCUCAGUCUCCAAGAAAACUUCAAAGGUCAUUAGAAGGAGAAAUACAAUCUGUAAUGAAUCAAUUGAUGGAGGAGAAAUAACAAAAGUAAAAGGCAAUUGAUCAAAGGGAUAGUUUAACCAGAAGACAAGAUUAUUCCAUAAAACAAUUAAAAUCUCGAAUUGAGCAAUUCAAAAAGUUGAAUUGA